UUUUCUUUCUUUCUUUCUUCUUUUCAUAUAUAGAUACAUUACAACAUGGCUGACAUUACAAAACAACCAAAGAAACCUUCCAAUAGACUAAUGGGCAUGAAGUUUAUGCAACGAUCGGUGGAAAAGGAACAACAAGAAAAGAUGGAAAAAGAAAGAAAACGUAUUAUAACCGAAGCAGAAUGGAAAAUAGAUUAUGAAUCUACUGAAGUACAAAAACCAAAAAUACGUGUCGAAUACCAACCAAGUUAUCUUUCUUUUACUGAAACAACACAAACUGGAAGACAAUCAUAUCAAAAGUUUAACAAAAGUAUAGAGAAUCCAAAUGAAGAAUCAGAACAACGUUUAAAACGAGAAAUGGAAAAGGAAAAGGAAGGAACGAUGACAGAUGAAGAAUUAGUCAAACAAAUGCGAAGGACAAACAAAUCAAAAAGGACAAAGGAUGAUGAUUUACAAGGAAAGGAUGAAAAACGAAAAAAAACCAAAAUUAACAACAAUACAAAAGGAACGGGAUUUAUCAAACCAGAAUAGUUAGUUAUAUUUAUAUAGUUGUAGUAUAUUGUAAUCUUGAUUUUACCUAAUAAACUAUUUUGAUUUGAUGAGUUCUUUUGGCACAUACAAGCGAAAACCUUUCUUUUUUUUCUGUUAGUUUAGAUAGUUCCUAAUCUAAAUAGCUGUUUAAAUUCGCAUUCUAUCUUCUUAUUUUGUCAUCCAUUAAUAACAUAUUUAUUG